CAGCGGUGCCUCGCUUUCCUGCUGGGUGCACAGGGGGCAGAGUAGGAGUAGGGCACCCAGGUUGGUGUCACCCCGCAGUGUGGGUGGCUCCAGGAGGGCCACAACUGUUGCAGCCAUCGGUGUUGGCAGACUCGAGGUGAAAUCCAACAGCUUGGCCAAGCGGGUUUCCCUCAUCGCCGUAGCCAGGCUGGUGCCCACCACCGUGGUGUCAGGGCUGCGGAGGGGACGAGGACGAGGGAGAUGUGCUGCUGUGGAGGGGCCCGUCCCCAUAUCCACAGCGCCUGCCCUCCCUUUGGUGCCGUGCCAGCCACGACAACCCCACCAAGCCCCUCUCCGCACCCUGAAGCCCCCCAGGGACAUAUCCAUGUCCCCACGGAGACACCCGGCUGUCCCACCCCGAUGACAAGUGACAUCCCCCUGUGUCACCCUCCUUGGUGUGCCGCCCUCCCACCCUUUACAGUGCGCUUGGGUGAGGGUCGGUCGGGCCCCACGGGCUGGGGACCCUUGUGUCCCCCCUGCGGUGUCACCCGCCGGCUGCUAGGACCCAGCAGCUCUCCCCGUGGGCCCGCUGCUGGCAGCGGGCAGGCAGAGCCCGGGUGUGACAGCCGGUGCCAUCCGCGGCAGGCAAACACGAUGACUAACGGGUGACAGCCGCGGGGAAGGGGGGACAUAGGGGGGGGGGACACACGGACGUGGCCUCCGGGAGCCCCAGUGCCGCCGUGGAGCAGCGCCGGCGAGGAGGAGCAGCACCCAUCUCCCGAGGAGCAGAGGCGAGGGGCCUGCUUGACGAGAAGACGGUGGCCAUGGCUGCGCUGGGGGACCGCGGCAGAGUUGUCCCUGCCACACGGGCGCCGGAGCUGCUGGCUUAGCCCUCAGCUGGCAUGGCGAGCCAGGGGGGGCCCAACACCACGGACGGCCUCGAGUCGCCCCCCGUCCCGGGGCAGAACGCCGCCCAGGAGGCCGUGGGCCUCCUCUGCAUGGUGCUGCUCACCGUCACCGCCUUGGUGGCCAACGUGGUGGUGCUGGUGGUCAUCCUCAAAACCCCCCUCCUCAGGAAGUUCAUCUUCGUCUGCCACCUCUGCGCGGUCGACCUCCUCUCUGCCAUUUUCCUCAUGCCCCUGGGGAUCAUCUCCAGCUCCUCCUGCUUCGACGGGGUCAUCUACAGCAUCGCCGAGUGCCGGGCCUUGAUAUUCCUCAACGUCUGCUUCAUCAGCGCCUCCAUCCUCACCGUCUCCGUCAUCAGCGUGGAGCGCUACUACUACAUCGUCCACCCCAUGCGCUACGAGGUCAAGAUGACCAUCCGGCUGGCGGUGGCCGGAGUCGUCUUCAUUUGGGUCAAAUCCGUCCUCGUCACCGUCUUGGCGCUGGUGGGCUGGCCUCAAGACAACGGGGCCACCAGCGCGAGCCGCUGCACGGUCUACUGGAGCCCCGGGGCCCACAAGAAGGCGUUUGUCAUCAUCUUCAGCAUCGCCUGCUUCGUCUUGCCCACCGUCAUCAUCUUCGCUGUCUACUGCAGCGUCUACCGGGUGGCUCGGCUGGCGGCCCUACAGCACGCACCCCUGCCGGCACAGGCGGCCGUGCCGGGGCCCCGCUCCGGCUCCGCCGCCAGCCAAGUGAGCAUCGUCACCUCCAGGAGCUUGCCGCUGCCCCGCCUGAGCCCCGAGCGCUUUUUGGGAAGCCACAAAGCCAUCCUCACCUUGGUCCUGAUCGUGGGACAGUUCCUGUGCUGCUGGCUGCCCUUCUUCGCCUUCCACCUGCACUCCUCCGUCAGCGCCGGGGCGGCGGGCGGCGGGCACGGGGAGAUGACGGUCACCUGGAUCGCCUACUCCUCCUUCGCCAUCAACCCUUUCUUCUACGGGCUGCUGAACCGCCAGAUUCGGGAGGAGCUGGCCAGGCUCUGGCGCAGCUGCCUCAACCGGCCCCUGGGCCAGGAGCUGUGUUUGGCCGUCUCGGAGGCCUCCGUCCAGGAAAAUUUCCUGCAGUUCCUCCAGCGAGCCACCUGCACGCUGGAAACCCGCUCCAGCUGCAUCGCCCCCAGCCCCAGGGACCAGAGCAAGGUGGGCUUCCCCAUCCCAGGGCAAGUUCCCGAGGAGAGCGGCUGAGGAGCCCGGUGCCACCGUGCCAGGGGGGGACACACCGAUCACAGCCCCCUUGGACCUAGGGGGGGUCCUUGCCUGGGUUUCCAUGGCAGAUUUUGGGAGCCUUCGUCUCCCUUCUGCACACUUGGAUGGAUGUGGGAUAUGGGAAGCUGAGGGGCUCCCCCACGGACCCCCCGUUGUCCUGUGGGACCCCUUCCAGGGCGCUCACAGUGGCCCCCCCGGGCACCCUUCCCCGGCCCAGUUAACACCACUAACACCAGUAACACCAGCCCCAGCAGCUCAGGGACCCUCCCUUGGGGUGGGGGAUCGGGCCCACGGCAGGGAGGGGGCUUUGGGGAGACUUUCAGAGAGCUUGAGACCAAGGGGCCAGCACCCCUGGCCACAGGGCCACCCCCCCCCCGUGUCACCCCCAGAACUGGGGGUGUCUCCAACCCCGGGGGAUGGAAUUUUUUAUUUCUUUUUUUUUCACCCGUAAAUUUUAUCUUUUUAUUAAACCAUUGAUAAGUUACAAAGGAGGAAAAA